AUGUCGGACGAGACAUUGCCGUCGCUCGACGAAUUCAAGCUGCACAAUCUCCUGAAAGCUAUUCCUGAGGCGCAGCGGGACCUGAUUCAGGCCAUAUUGCGAGUAAGCAGGUGCUACACGAAAGACCUGGACACGCAAUGUGGGGAGAUCGUGAGCAUAGAGAAGGAAGAGGUGAUGGAUAGACUGGACCGUGUGCAGCGCAGUUAUGAGAGCAUCAAGGCUGUCGACAGGACGAAAUACAUGGAUAAGAUAAAGCGGCUAGAAUCGGAGAUGGGCGACGUUGCGCAGCAGUUUGCCUCCUCGAAAGAGCGAAUUGACCGUCUCGUGACAAAAAUCAAGCGAAUAGAAAAAAUGAUGCAGCUGAAGGACCGGCUCUUCGACCCGAAAACGUUCCACUAUGACCAUUACAAAGAGUUAUAUCAGUACGGCAUGCACAAGGACGCAAAGGAAAAGAGCCCGCUGAAAGAGCAGCAGUUUCUGAGCCUCGAGCAGGAGAUCGGCGAGCUACACAGACAGCGGUCCACCAGCAUAACGCGGAUCCAUAACCCCACCCACUUGCUGGUCCACGAGGAGCCCGUCACGCAGAUCUCGGAGACUGUCGUCACCGCGACGUCGCCACCAUUAGACCACGAUGUGUCCACCACGUUGCGUGGGUACGUUAAGUAG